AUGUCCCUGGGCGAGUACGAGCGGCACUGCGACUCCAUCAACUCCGACUUCGGCAGCGAGUCCUCGGGCCGGGGCGGGCCCCGCGCGGGCCCCAGCCUGGGCGCCGAGCAGGAGGAGCUGCACUACGCCCCCAUCCGCAUCCUGGGCCGCGGCGCCUUCGGGGAGGCCACUCUCUACCGCCGGACCGAGGAUGACUCGCUUGUGGUGUGGAAGGAGGUGGAUCUGACCCGACUAUCAGAAAAAGAGCGUCGUGAUGCUUUGAAUGAAAUAGUUAUCCUUGCUCUGUUGCAGCAUGACAACAUCAUUGCCUACUACAAUCAUUUCAUGGAUAACACCACACUGCUGAUCGAGCUGGAAUACUGUAAUGGGGGGAACCUCUACGAUAAGAUCCUGCGGCAGAAAGACAAGUUGUUUGAGGAAGAGAUGGUAGUGUGGUACCUAUUUCAGAUUGCAUCAGCCGUGAGCUGUAUCCAUAGAGCUGGAAUCCUUCACAGAGAUAUAAAGACAUUAAAUAUCUUCCUCACGAAGGCAAACCUGAUUAAGUUGGGAGACUAUGGGUUGGCAAAGAAGCUGAACUCUGAGUACUCCAUGGCUGAGACUCUGGUGGGAACUCCAUACUACAUGUCCCCAGAGCUCUGCCAGGGGGUGAAAUACAACUUCAAAUCUGAUAUCUGGGCUGUGGGCUGUGUUGUCUUUGAGCUUCUCACCCUGAAGAGAACCUUUGAUGCUACAAAUCCCCUAAACCUGUGUGUGAAGAUUGUACAGGGAAAUCGGGCUAUGGAGGUUGAUUCCAGUGUCUAUUCCCUGGAGCUGAUCCAGAUGGUGCACUCCUGCCUCCAUCAGGAUCCUGAGAAGAGGCCAACUGCCGAUGAGCUGCUUGAACAUGUUCUUCUCAGCAAACGCAGGAGGGAGAUGGAGGAGAAAGUCACUCUGCUUAAUGGGCCAACCAAACGACCAAGGUCGAGCACUGUCAGUGAGACACCAAUUGCAGUGGUGACUUCGCGCACUAGUGAGGUGUAUGUUUGGGGGGGUGGGAAGUCCACCCCCCAGAAGCUGGAUGUCAUCAAAAGUGGCUGCAGUGCGCGCCAGGUGUGUGCCGGAAACACUCACUUUGCUGUGGUGACAGUGGAGAAGGAGCUCUACACCUGGGUGAAUAUGCAGGGGGGCACAAAGCUGCAUGGCGAGCUGGGGCAUGGAGACAGAGCUUCAUACCGGCAGCCAAAGCGUGUGGAGAAGUUGCAGGGGAAGGCUAUCCACCAGGUGUCCUGUGGGGAUGACUUUACCGUUUGCAUCACAGAUGAAGGCCAGAUGUAUGCCUUUGGCUCGGACUAUUAUGGCUGCAUGGGUGUUGACAAGGCAUUUGGCUCUGAGGUCCUGGACCCCCUGCAGCUGGACUUCUUCCUCAGCAACCCUGUGGAGCAGGUCUCCUGUGGAGAUAAUCACGUGGCUGUUCUGACCAGAAACAGAGAGGUCUACUCGUGGGGCUGUGGGGAAUAUGGGCGUCUGGGUUUGGAUUCGGAAGAGGAUCACUACACCCCUCAGAAGGUGGAUGUUCCAAAGACCUUGAACAUUGUCUCAGUCCAGUGUGGCUGUGAUGGAACUUUCCUGCUGACCCAGACGGGCAAAGUGCUGGCAUGUGGACUCAACGAGUUCAACAAACUGGGCCUGAACCAAUGCACGUCUGGGAUCAUCAACCAUGAUACCUACUAUGAAGUUCCCUACACCACUUCCCUUACUCUGGCCAAGCAGCUCUCCUUCUACAAGAUCCGCACCAUUGCCCCAGGAAAGACGCACACAGCUUCCAUAGAUGAGCGGGGACGCUUGCUGACCUUCGGCUCCAACAAGUGUGGACAGCUGGGUGUUGGUGACUAUAAGAGGCAUCUGGGAAUUAACCUGCUGGGAGGCCCCCUUGGGGGUAAGCAGGUGAUCAGGGUUUCAUGUGGAGAUGAAUUCACCAUAGCUGCUACUGAUGAUAACCAUAUCUUUGCCUGGGGCAAUGGUGGGAAUGGACGUCUGGCAAUGACACCGACAGAGAGAGCUCAUGGCUCUGAUAUUUGUACUUCAUGGCCUCGGCCCAUUUUUGGGUCCCUGCAUCACGUUCCAGAUCUGUCCUGCCGCGGCUGGCACACCAUUCUCAUUGUUGAAAAGGUGCUGAAUUCCAAAACCAUCCGAUCCAACAGUAGUGGCUUGUCCAUCGGUACUGUGGCUCAGAGCUCCACGACUGGUGGAGGAGAGGAGGAGGAAAAUGAACGGGAAUUUGAAACCCCUGAUCCAAGUGGAGGCUUUCGGGGAACCAUGGAAGCCGAUCGUGGAAUGGGGGGCUGGAUCAGUGCAACAGAGGCCAUGGGGGACAGCAAUGCUGACAGCAGCUCCUGCCCUGGCUGGCUGCGUAAGGAACUGGAGAAUGCUGAAUUCAUCCCCAUGCCUGACAGCCCAUUUCCUAUGAGCACAGACUCUUCAGAGCCUGAAAAGGAGACUCUUCCCUAUCAGGAACUGCAAGGACUCAAAGUGGCCUCUGAUGCUCCUGCUGAAUUCAACAAGCCCAAGACAGAGCCCCAGCAAAUGUGUUCAGCUCCAGCCCUGCCUUAUAUGGAGGGAAAGGCAGCAUCUCCAGUUUCAGCCUGUGUGUGCAACACUUUGCAAACUGAGGUGGAGCGGUUGCAGGGCUUGGUGUUACAGUGUCUGGCUGAUCAACAGAAGCUGCAGCAGGAAACCAGUCGUCUCAGUGCCCAGCUCCAGAGGUUCUGCAGGGGGACGGAGGGAAUGCAGCAGCUGCAGGCUCAUUCCAAAGGAACCCAGACAGUCAAAGAAGAGAUGGAAACGGAUCCAAAAACUGACUUGGAUUCAGAUUCCUGGUGUCUCUUGGGAACGGACUCAUGCCGCUCCAGCCUCUAG